CACAGAUACAGCUGUCGCACGUGGGUUGUCGGCACCUAACCCGUUUACUUUGUACAUCUAACUUCAUUUAAUUUCCUUUGUUUUUCUCCUUUAAAAUAUAAUUUUUGUCUUCUUAUCCAAGAUUUUCCGUCCAUAAUCCUCACCUCUUGCUGAUGGAAGCGAUAGAACCCAGGCCCUCCACCCUCCUGAACUAGCAGCGAUCAGGACUAGACUCUCUCCCCCUAAAAGAGCCUUCUCAGAUAUGGCGGCGGAGGCGGUUGGAGCUUCGUUCGCGUCUGCUGUUAUUCGUAAGCUUGUCGCCGACUCCCUCUCCAUUGUAGAGGAAGGCCAUCUCCAUCCAGGGAUUCAGGAUGUGCUGACUAAACUACGGUCUACACUUAGAGACAUCCAAUCUUUGAUCGAUGAUUCUGAGGGAGUGCUGACAAGAGACCCUAGCCAGGCCAUAUUGCUAGAGCAACUCAAAGAUGUUUUCUAUGAGGCGGACGACGUGCUGGACGAAUUUCAUUUCAAGAUCGUUUCCACGAAGCUGAACGGUGACAAGAAGGUGCGAUGCAUUCCAUCCUGUUUUAUGUAUUUCAAGAAUUCAGAUUUGUUCCGUUAUGACCUCCAAAACUUAAAGAAUCUUGAGGGAGAACUUAAGAGAAUUUCUGAUGAUGCCAAGAAUAAUUUGGUGUUAGUUCCCAACCGUGAAAAGCAGAGAACCGAGGUCGAGAGGAUUUCCGCUUCACUUAUGUUCGAGAACGAGGUUUACGGGCGAGACAACGAGAAAGAAGAGAUCGUAAAAAUAUUGUUGAGUUCAGGUGGUGAGCCUGAAUCAGGGGACAAGGGAGGGGUUGGGAGUAGCACUGGUCUUGUCGUCAAUGUCCUUACAUUGGCAGGCAUGGGCGGAAUUGGCAAAACAACUCUUGCACAACUUGUUUACAAUGACGAGAGAGUGAGGAUGCAUUUUGACACAAGAGCGUGGUGUUUUGUGUCUGAGGAUUUUGACAUCAAAAGGAUUUCAAAGGAUCUGUUGUACGUGCUAGGUCAUAAUCCCUCCAAUAUUCAUAGUACGGAAAUCAUUACUACGGAACUUGGGCUUGCUUUAUUAAACAAGAAAUUUCUUAUUGUCUUUGAUGAUGUAUGGAAUGAGAACGCACACGAGUGGGAAAUGUUGAGAAACAUCUUAACAUGCGGUGCAAGAGGGAGCAAGGUUUUGGUAACAACUCGAAAUGAAAUGGUUGCGAGGAUUAUGAGCACUACAAGCACUUUUUUGGUACGUUGUCUAUCAGACGAUGAUAGCUGGGCCCUUCUUAAGCGUUUAGCAUUUGAUGAUCGGAAUCUAGAAUAUGAGACAAGGAAGAAACUGGAGCCUAUUGGUAAGAAAAUCUGUAGAAGGCUUGGAGGUUUGCCAUUAGCAACAAAGGUGGUAGGAAGUCUAUUGAGAUUCAACUUGGACGAGAUAUUCUGGAGAAGAAUCUUGGAAGGUGAAUUGUGGGAGUAUGAUUUUGCAUCUCACAUCUUGCCAGUUCUCAGGUUGAGUUAUCAGCACCUAAAUGCGAAUUUGAGACAAUGCUUUGCUUAUUGUUCCAUAUUCCCUCAGGGAUACAUGUUCGAGAAACUUAAAUUAGUCCAGAUGUGGCAAGCACAGGGUUACAUUAAACUAGAUGACCGAGGGGAAAUGACACAGGAGGAUAUUGGGAGCCAGUGGUUUGAUGAGCUAAGAGAUAGGUCUUUCUUUCAACGUGCAGGAGAAAACAGAUAUGAAAUGCAUGAUUUGAUUCACGAUUUGGCAUUAUGGGUCUCUUCAGAUGAUUGUUCUAUAGUUGAAUAUGAGCUUCAAAAUAUUCCACAUAGAGUUCGCCACUUGGCUGUUAGGACUGAUAAAUUGGAUGUGCUUAAGGAAAUGAGAAAAUUGAAAAACUUGCGUACCCUUUUGUUCUUUGGCAAUUAUGAUUUGCAUGAAUAUCCUAAGGUUCUUGAAGACAUGUUCAUAUAUCUGAAAGGCCUUCGUGUGCUGGACCUAUCUUCAACUCCCAUAGAAAAGUUACCAUAUGCUCUUGGUGGCUUAUUACAUCUCCGGUACCUAGACAUUUCUAACACCAAAAUCAGACUGCUUCCUUCAUCUUUUUCUAGGCUUUGCCAUCUACAGAUGCUGAAUUUGCAAGGGUGCAAUUUUCAGGAGUUACCGAAAGGCAUGAACAAAUUAAUCAAUCUGCGAUAUUUGUAUGGAGAUUCUAAAAUUGUUUCUCUAAUAGAGGGUAUUGGAGAACUAACCAACCUCCAACACUUAAAGGAAUUUCCUGUCAGGCAGAAGAGGGGGCAUGGAAUAGGAGAGUUAAAGAGCUUAAAGAAUCUUCAAGGGCGACUUUCAAUUAAGAAUCUUGAGAAUGUCAAAACUAAAGAGGAGGCCAUGGAGGCUGAGUUGGAGAAUAAAAAGCACCUCAAUGCAUUGCAGUUAGAAUGGAGUUCUCUAACAGGAAACCAGCCUCAUGUAGAGAAAGAGGUACUUGAAGGGCUCCAACCACAUCCCAACCUUAAAAAGCUAAGCAUCAUGGGCUAUAACGGUAUUGUCUACCCAGACUGGAUGGUAGGGAAUCAAUGUCUCGUCAAUCUAGUAUGUGUACAUCUCCAUUCUUGUCACAGGUGGGAACACCUGCCAUCUUUUGGGCAACUUCCCUCCCUCAAGUUUCUAUAUUUGGAAAAUAUGCCUGCAGUAACACAAAUUGGUUAUUGGUUUUAUGGCAAUGUUGAUGUUAUCUUUCCAUCUCUGGAGCAGCUGAAAUUUGUGGAGUUGCAGAAUUUGAAGGAGUGGUCAGAAAUAGAUAGUCAUCAGUUCUUUCCUUGCCUCCGUGAAAUCCAGAUCAAGGACUGCUGCAGCUUAACAACAUGUCCCUUCCUCUCUAUUCAGUCAUCAGUUAGAGAGUUCAUAAUCGACAAUUGCGGUGACCUUAGCAUUGCACUACCUGGAUGUCUACAAAGCUUCACCUCUCUUACUCUCUUAGUGAUCUCUCAUUACCACCACAAAAUGUCAGUUAGUUUGUCCAACCUCAAUGCACUCGAGAAAUUACACCUCGAAGAUUGCCCAGAGCUGACCAUACCAGGUGGGCUUCACUCUCUUGCUAACCUGAAGAAACUACAUAUUGAAGGAUGUCCCAUGUUGAAUGAGUCCUCGCUGCCUAAGCAACCAGAUGUGGAGAAGGGCUUACAAUCCCUCGCUGACCUCUGCAUAGAUGACAGCAUCCUAAUUAAUGAUGGAUGGGCUCUUCUAGGAAGCCUCUCUUCGCUCAGGAUUUUGAAUUUCCAGCACUUCAACCAUCUUGGUUACUUUAGCAAGGAGCAGGAGUUGUGGUUUCAUCAACUAACCUCCAUCCAAGAGCUAGGGAUAUCCCAUUGUCUCAAUCUCGAGCGCCUGCCUGCUGAAUUGUCUCCACUUUUAUCCCUCAAAAAACUGAGUAUAACAAACUGUCCCAAGAUUAUGUCACUGCCAGAAAAUGGCUUGCCUAUUUCACUCAAAGAAUUGCAGAUCUCAGGAUGCCCAGCAUUGGGAGAGCAGUGCACAAGAGGGAAUGGACCUGAUUGGCCAAAGAUUGCUCACAUCCCUUUCAUAACUAUACAUCCAUGAAGAAGCGUGAUGUCAAUAAAAACCAGAUGCUACAGCUACUGUGAAACUUUUGGCUCGAGCUCCAUGGAGGCUGUUUGUCCUUUGGGCAAGGUGCCCUAUCUGAGACCCAAGGAGAAAGUUGUGUCUCUGACUGUGGUUUUUGAUGCCAACACAAAGGAGGAAGGAGGAAAAGUGUUGGUCAUUUAGGGUCACCUGGGUCUGGUGCUGCAUUUUUUUUUUUUUUGUGGACUUGUAUAAUUUGUCCGGUAGCUACCUCGUAAAAAAGGUUACUGCUUUAUUUGGUUUUGCCUGUCCAAAAUGAAACCGGAGUAUUCUUCAUUUAUCCUUUAAAAUUAUGGGUGCCAUGAAUUUCAACUUGUCAUGCAAAGAAAUGUAAUUAGACAGGCCUACAUGACUGCUUGUAUGAUUUGAUGAAUAUUAACAAAUGCUGUGGCAACUGCAAUUAUGGAAAUCUAGCAAUUGAAUCCAUGGUAAGAGGUAUCAUGGACGGGGAGAAGCACCUCCUAUUUAAUUUUUCUCUUUAA